CGGUGCGGUGCGUUGGCGCGUCGCGGAGGGGAGGCGGCGGCGAGGCUGGAUCCAGGAGGAGCAGGAGGCGACGGAGGGGCGGGGGCUAAAAAAAACAAGAUAUUUUCGAAAGAAAAAUUGCCUCAAAACGGCAUCAAGGGAUUGGCGUCGUGCCACGGCCCACGCCCACCCGCCCAAUGCCACCAGCGCCGCCGUCCACGGCCGCGGCGGCGGCGGCGGCGCAGCAGCUGGAGUCCCUCCUCCCGCGCCUGACCACGCUGUCCCACUACAAGCAAUUCCACGCGCGCCUCCUCACCUCGGGCCACCUCUGCUCCCACCCACCCCUCCGCGCGCGCUUCCUCGACCGUCUCGCGCUAUCGCCACACGACACCGCGCUGCCCUACGCGCUCCUCCUCCUCCGCUCGCUCCCCGCCCCCGCCACCAACGACCUCAACGCCGCGCUCCGGGGCCUCGCGGCCUCCCCGCAGCCCGCGCGGUCCCUCCUCCUCCUCGCCGGCCGCCUACUCCCCGCGCCGGCGCCGCCGCGGCCCCGCCUCGACGCGCUCUCCCUCUCAUUCGCGCUCAAGGCCACCGCCCGGUGCUCCGACGCGCUCGCCACGCUCCAGCUCCACGCGAUCCUCGUCCGCCUCGGUGUGGCCGCCGACGUCCGCCUGAUGACCACGCUGCUGGACUCUUACGCCAAGUGCGGCGACCUCCCGUCCGCGCGGAAGGUGUUUGAUGAAAUGCCCGUCCGGGAUGUGGCCACAUGGAACGCGCUGCUUGCGGGUUUGGCGCAGGGGACAGAGCCGAACCUCGCGUUGGUGCUGUUCCACAGGCUGGCAGGGAGCUUUCGGGAGUUUCUGCCAAGGGAGGAGCCAAAUGAGGUGACCAUUGUCGCCGCGCUUUCUGCAUGUGCACAGCUUGGAGCAUUACAGGACGGAUUAGGUGUGCACGAGUUUGCUCGUAAAAUAGGUGCUGAAGACAACGUUCGUGUCUGCAAUGCGCUUAUUGACAUGUACUCCAAGUGUGGAUCAUUGGGCCGGGCUCUUGAAGUUUUCCAUUCCAUCAAGCUAGAAGACCGAACACUUGUGUCCUACAAUGCUACAAUUCAGGCACUUUCCACACAUGGGCAUGGGGCAGAUGCAUUGAAAUUGUUUGAUGAAAUGCCAGCAUGGAUUGAGCCUGAUGAAGUAACUUACCUUGCUGUGUUGGGAGGGUGCAACCAUGCUGGGCUUGUCGAUGAUGGGCGCAGGGUUUUCGAUUCCAUGCGGGUUCCUCCCAAUAUGAAGCACUAUGGCACCAUUGUGGACCUUCUUGGGCGUGCGGGGCGCCUUGAUGAGGCUCAUGACAUGAUUGUGCAUAUGCCAUUUCCAGCAGACAUUGUGCUCUGGCAGACAAUGCUUGGUGCGGCUAAGAUGCAUGGAAAUGUGGAGCUAGCAGAGUUGGCUGCCACGAAGCUUGCUGAGCUUGGUUCUAACGUUGAUGGUGACUAUGUGCUUCUCUCCAAUGUAUAUGCAUCCAAGGCCCGGUGGGCAGAUGUUGGUCGGGUUCGUGACACCAUGAGAAGCAAUGAUGUGAGGAAAGUCCCUGGCUUCAGCUACACAGAAAUAGAUGGUGUAAUGCAUAAGUUUAUUAAUGGUGACAAAGAGCACCUCAGAUGGAGGGAGAUAUAUAGAACACUAGAUGACAUUGUGUCAAGAAUUAGUGAACUGGGAUAUGAGCCAGAAACGAGCAAUGUGCUACAUGACAUUGGGGAGGAGGAGAAGCAGUAUGCUUUGUGCUACCAUAGCGAAAAGCUGGCCAUUGCAUUCGGGUUAAUUUCUACACCACCUGGGGAGACUAUUCGAGUGAUAAAAAAUCUCCGAAUAUGUGGAGACUGUCAUGUGGUGGCAAAACUUAUCUCUAAAGUCUAUGGUCGGGUGAUAAUCAUCCGGGACAGGGCAAGAUUCCACCGGUUUGAAGAUGGACAGUGUUCCUGCAGAGAUUACUGGUAAAAUGCUGGCACACUAGUCAUUUGCUGGCUUACUAAACAUGGCAUGAGCUCCUGGAUAUUCAUCUGGUGAGGUGAAUGCAUUUCUAAUCCGAAAUGUGGACAAAAAUGGAUAACUUGCGAAUUUGACUACCAUUUUACUGCUAAGGUUCUCAGAAGAUGCAAGGCUAUUUUACUUACAUUUGCACUGCAAGCACUUCGACAUGCCUGUCAAUUUGAGGAACAUCUUGGAAGCAGAAGGAAAAAAUUGUGCACUGGAAUUGAAGUUGCUCAAUGACCGUUACCUACUAAUAUUCACAGUCCUACAAGGUUUUUGACAACGGAACACCGUUGCAUAUUGCUCAUUUGCACCUACGUUUUUAAGAGGCCAGGUGGGCUAUAGAUUGCAACUAGUAUUACUACAUUAGUCAAGUAUGGAACUAGGAAGAACGUUGAGGUGUAUGCACACAGUUCUCUUAAUGAUUUUCCAUCAAAGGAGUUAGCAAAGUUUUCCACACUUGUAGAUUCUUUACAUUAUCGAUUCCCAACCAUAUCCCGUGUUACCACUUGCCAACCUACCAUGAGAAUUUUACUCAUGAAUUGAAUUUUUAUUUGUAUUCAUAUAAAUCAUUUCAGCUUCAA